AUGGCAGAACGAGUACGCCUUAAAGCAUAUAUUAUUAUAUCUUUCGUUAUGACACUAAUACAUUCAAUUCCUGCACAUUGGGUAUGGAGUGAAAAUGGAAUACUGUUCAGGAUUGGUGUGAUUGAUUCAGCUGGAUGUAGUGUCGUACAUCUUGUGGGUGGUAUUUCUGGAAUGAUCGCUACAAUUUAUUUAAAACCAAGACAAAAACGUUUUGGAAAAAUGGGAAAGAAACGAAUGAGUAAUCCGACGAAUGCAAUACUAGGAACUUUCAUGUUGUGGUGGGGUUGGCUAGCAUUCAACACUGGUUCAACAUAUGGAGUAAGUCAUAGAAAAUGGUAUCUUGCAGCGAGAUCAGCUGUCGGUACAAUAAUGGCUUCAACAGGAGGUGGUGUAACAUCAUUGCUUAUUUCAAGAUUUGUUACAAGACGAAUAGAAGUUGAUAUGCUUAUUGAUGGAAUGUUAGCUUCAUUAAUUUCUAGUUCAGCUUGUUGUGCUUGUUUUACUCCCUGGCAAGCAUAUGUAGUGGGAUCGUUCGGGGCUGGAUUUGCUCUAUUGUCCUAUCCAUUGCUUGAGUUAGCAGAGGUCGAUGAUCCAGUCGGUGUCAUUCCUGUACAUGUGAUAGGCUCUAUAUGGGGUAUGAUAAGUGUUGGAAUUUUUGCAAAUGAGGAUGCGCUAAAUUGGAAAUUAACUCGACGACAAAAUGGUAUUCUCUAUGGUGGCGGUUUUAUGCUUAUUUGUAAACAAAUUCUUGCUGUUAUAGUUGUAUCAUUAUGGUCAGCGUUAAUAGGAUUUAUUACUCUUUUUUGCCUUCAACAUUCUCGAAUAGGCCUACGAUUAACAAGACUUGAAGAAGAAAUCGGAGCCGAUCUACGGGAACAUGGACUGAGCGGACAUAAUGUACGAGCGUACGAAUUUGAGAAGAAGCUCACACCGGAAAAAGCGGCUAAAAUGAUGAUGCUAAUGGUUCGAUGGAAAGUGAAGGCACGGAUAGGAGCACAAAAAAGAGGACGUGAAAAUGUCCCACUACAAACAAUGAACAGCACUGGUCAAAGAAUAGAAGCGUAA